UAGAAAUCACACCCACCGUGACAUAUCUGAAGAGCCCUCUGAUCUCUGCGGAGCACUUGCCGACAAUGGACUAGGCAGUGCAAGAGCUCCCGUGGAGACACGGGGGUCUGCCUUGGCUGGGCCAUGCAGCCCCCGCUGGACGAAAGGGUGCGGAUCCAGGUGGAAGAGGAGUUUUUCUCGGUGGACAAGGCUGUCCUGGUGGAGCACAGUGAAUACUUCCGGGCGCUCUUCCAAUCCGGCAUGAGAGAGAGCACCCAGAAGGAGAUCCAGAUCAGAGAUCUGAGCGCCACAGGCUUCGCCGUCAUGCUGAAGGUCCUGGGAGGGGAGCACCCGAUCCUGAGCUGCGAGGAGAACCUCAGGGCAGUGGAGUGUGCCUCCUUCCUGCAGGUCAAGACCCUGGCCAAGUACUUGGUGUCAUCCAUCAAUACUGACAAUUGCAUUCUGCUCUACCAGGCAGCCGCCAUCUUUGGCCUCUUGGAUCUCUUCCAUUGUGCCGCACUGUACAUACGAGACAGUUACUCAGACCUGGAGGAGUACCUCGACUGCCUCUCUCCAGACCUUCUGGAUUAUGUGGAGUCCAUCAUCCCCAGCACGUUUGUGGCGGUAGGGGCUCACACGCCCACCUUUGAGUUCUUGGAGGACCUCUCGAGAACUGUUUGCUACCUGGACGAGGAAGGUAACACCUGGAGGACACUUUCCUGCUUACCGCUGACGGCCAGCACGUUCCUAGCCGGCAUAGCCACCUUGGAUAACAAGAUUUACAUUGUGGGCGGGGUCUACGGUUACAACAAGGACAUUGUGAACCGGAGUUUUUGCUACGACCCGAUGGCCAACGUCUGGAGCGAGUUCCCCGGCCCCCAGCAGCUGCGCUACGACUUCACGCUGACAGCCCAAGAGAACAGCCUCUACGCCAUAGGUGGAGAGUUUGAGAAGGCCGCCCUGAAGUCGGUGGAGAAGUUUGACAUCUCUACCAACACCUGGAGAUUUGUUUCUGACCUCCCCCAGCCAACCACAGCGGUGCCCUGUGCCCAAGCAAUGGGGCGCAUCUUUGUCUGCUUGUGGAAGCCUCUCGACACCACCAUGAUCUACGAGUACAAGCCUCAGAAGGACGAGUGGCAUCCCAUCUCCACCCGCAUCAGGCCUCAGAGCUACGGCCACUGCAUGGUGGCUCACCGGGACAACCUCUACAUUGUGCGGAACGGGCCUUUCGACGACUUCUUGCGCUGCAUGAUGGAUUGCUUCAAUCUGACCACGAUGCAGUGGACAUCUCUCCCUGGGCAGUACGUGAACAGCAAAGGGGCCCUCUUCACGGCUGUCAUCAAAGGGGACACAGUCUACACGGUCAACAAGAUGCUGACUCUGAUGUAUACCAUAGAGGGGAACACAUGGAAAUCCAAAAAGCAGAAAGCUGGUUUUCCAAGGGCCGGUUCUUUGCAAACCUUCCUCCUCAGGCUUCCAAAGAAAGACCACAGCAUUGCAACUUAGAGAGCCGGUCUCCGCUAGAUGAAGUUCUCAGGGACCCACAUUGCCUUCCUUCUAUGCCAGACGUCCCGCAACGCCACCAGAUUUAAAUCCAAAGGUUGUGAAAUCACCCCAGCUUGUAGUCGACACUCUUUGCACCUUCUGGGCCAGCAACAUUUCAAGGCAGGAACUUCAGGGCUAGCUUGCACCAGAAGCAACUGUAACGCAGCUCUCUGCUCUUCCAACGGCAGCUGGGCUUGUGGUUUCAUGGGCCUCAAGCAAUAUGGUUUCCGCAGACUUAUUUGUCAUACUAAACUGGGCCAAGUGGGGGGGCAGCAACCAGCAAGUAGGAGGAGCCAGUCACUGGCAGAAAACCAGCGGCGCUAGGAGGAGAUUUAUGCACUGAGGGGGAGGAGCCUACUGUGGGGUACAGACCUUCCCAUUGGUCAUGUUCAUUUUUGCCUACGCCCAGCUGAGUGGCGGAAUCUACCUCUAACAGAGCAAGCUGGCAGUACAUCACACCAUUCAAAGUUGGAAUUAGCUCUUUAUUAGCACAAACACUACUGAGUGUCGGGCCUAAUAAGCGGAGCAGCUUAUCUCCGGUAGGUGAUAAUCAGUUACUGAAUCAGUUGCUGAGACUGAAAGUUCCCCGCCUCUCCAGAGCCAUCUAAGUCGCCUCCUCUCCAGGGCUUUCCCAAGCAAUCAGAGACCGCACCUGCAUGCAGCCAAUCUCUCAUUUGCCCUUUUCAUGCCUCUCCUGGUUCUGGGAGCUUGUUGCAGCAGGAAGGGGAGACACCCAUGACACUUCACUAGCUUGACUUAUCUCUGCCUCUUGGCCUCCCUCCUUCCACGCUCCUGCUUCAUCUUCCAUCUCUGAUUCUGGACUUCUCUCUGCCACAGACUCUCCCAGCUCACUAAACCCUGUUACCUCUUCAGCUUCUGACACCUCCUCCUCCCAGGCUUCUCCCUCUGACCACUCAUCAUUGUCCCACCAACACUCCCCCAUCUCUGAGCCUUCUUGCCGGGGGGGGGGGGUUUCCCCCAGUUGGUUCCUCCAUUCGUCUGCACCAACCAGUCGAUGACACUACCAUUGUUUUUGUCCAUCUUGAUGAGUCUCCUAGGAAGCCAGGGCAUUGCCUAUGUGAUUUAGCAUUGUCUACACUGCUUGGGAGCCACUCUCCAGGGUUCUAGAAUGGAGGUUUUCCCAAGCCCUACCUGGAUAUACCAGGGAUUGAACCGAGGACCUCCUGCGUGCAAAGCAGGUGGUUGACCACUGAGCUGCAGCCUCACCCCACCCACCCCCAGGACAUAGGAAGCUGCCUUAUACAGACCAUCGGACCAUCUACCUCAGUACUGCUGACACCUUUCCAGGGUUCCAGACUGCUCUUCAGUCUUUCCCAGCCCUGCCUGGAGAUACUGCUGGAGAAUGAAGUUGGGACUUCCUGCAUGCAUGCAAAGCAGGUGCUCUGUCACGGAGCCACAGGCUUUCCCCUUCUUUUCUGCUGAAGGUGAAAAAGGAUUAGGUGGUGCUCUCUAAUUCUCAGAGUGAAAAGCUGCUGACAUUAACACGCACAGCUUUUAGAAGAAGGGUGUUUCAGGCAUCCCAAACUGGAGCACUGGAAAUGUAGACGUUAAAGGUCAGUAACUGAACUACAUUUUGAGAAUUUU